UCAAAUGGCAUGAAUGAAUCUGAUCAGACGCAUCCAAGAAUCAGGAUUGCUGAUUCAGAGGAAAAAGCCUUUAUGGAGCUUUUAAGCUUCAUGUACAGUGGAAAGUUGACAACAAUUGAGCCCACUCUUCUGCUCGACAUCUUAAUGGCUGCCGACAAAUUUGAGGUUCUUUCUUGCAUGAGGUACUGCAGUCAGCUGCUCAGAAGCCUGCCUAUGACCACAGAAUCUGCACUGCUAUACCUAGACCAUCCAUGCUCCCUUUCAAUGGCUGCUGAAGUUCAGAGUGUGGUAGGUGCAGCCAGGGAAUUCCUUGCUGAGAAAUACAAGAUUUUAGACAAGUUUGAAGAAGUGAUGAACAUCUCUCUUUCUGGAAUCGAGGCGAUCUUUUCGAGCACUGACAUACAAGUAGCAUCUGAAGAUGCGGUAUAUAACUUCUUGCUCGAGUGGGCCCGUGCGCGAUACCUGGAACCGGAGGAAAGACGCGAGAUCUUGAGCAGCCGUUUGCUUCCGCUGGUACGCUUCAGUCAUAUGACAUGUGCCGCACUUCAGGAGAUCCUAGCAUGCACUGAUGAUGAUAUAGACCGUGAGCAAGUAACCAAGCACAUCUAUGAGGUCCUCCUCCACAAAGCUUACCCAACCCAGAUGGAAGGUGCUCUUGCAGCAGAUGUAUCAACUCUCGAUUGGCAAUCUGUUGAGCGAACUUACGGGUCCAAACAUGUGAAAGCGGUUGCGUUUGAUCGACCUUACCCACAGGUUAUAGUUUACAUGGAUCUAACGCGUGCCGAAUGCUCCGGAUUCUUCCCAUCAGGAGUUAUAUUGUCGGACUGGUUCAAUCUCGCAGGUCAGAAAUUCUAUCUCAUGGCAAACUGGGUACUGGAUGAGGAGACAGGGUUGUACAGCUUUGGCCUCUGGUUAGGGAUAUAUGGAAAUUCUAUCUCAGGCUCGUCGUGUUUCGAUAUUGAGUUUGCUGCAAGGACAAGAUCGUCAGGAAAAUUCUUGAGCAAGUACGGCGGUAGGCACACAUUCAGCGGGUCUUUGCUGGAGGGAUGCGAUGAUCUUUUUGGAGUUCCAUGGUCGACGUUCAUUGCGGACGACAGCCUCUUCAUUGACGGUGUGCUGCAUCUGAGAGUUGAUCUGACUGCGGUGGAGCAGCCUGAAUUACAGACCUGAUGGUAUUUCACUCAGCAAAGUUAGGGUGUGUCUUGAGCCCUGCAUGUGAUACUGUGAGCUGCUGCAGCAGCCAGGAAGUUUAAUCCCUGGGCAUUGUCCGGGGUAACCUGAAUCAUGUGUUGUUGUUGAUCGGUUGCUACUGCAAGUCAGUAGUAACAUGUGUGUGUGUGCGCUGA